AUGAUCACAUCAACCAUUCUAUGUAUCCCUAGGGGCCUUGCUCUCUGCUCUGUUCAGUUCGUUCCCGCUUUUAUGGAUGCAUCUCCCGCCAAGUGCGGUCCGAAAUCCAAUGGAACGGCCACCGUUCCGUUGCACCAGGGGGCACCACUACGCAUUCUGCCUCUGGGCGAUUCAAUCACAUUUGGCUACGAUGAACUAAGUGAAAAAUCCUACCGACGUUACCUCAAAUGCCUUUUGCAUUCGGGCGGUAACCCAGUUACCUUGAUCGGGUCCAUCCAACAUGGAGAUUGGGCCAACAAUCUCAACGAUGGGUUCAACCUGCACACCAUCGACCAGAAUCUCGAAGCAGGGACGCCGGAGCUCACGAGGAAGGCAGAAGGACCAAAUAUUAUCCUUCUCCAUGCUGGCACAGUCAACUUUGUCCUGAAAUUGAACGUGACCAAUGCCGUAUCGCGACUUUCGAACCUGGUGGACUUCAUCACGGAGCAUAACCCAGCAGCGCUUCUCGUGGUAGCACAACUAAUUCCCAACGCAAACGCAACCACGCCGUCGUUCAUCAACCACUACAAUUCCCAGGUGCCAGAAGUCGUUCAAUCGAGGGCCCAGUCAGGGUAA